UUAUGUUAUAUUUUCAAUCUAAUACAAAUAAUUGUAGAAUUUAUUUAGGUGUGAGACAAAUAUAAUGAAAUUUGGCAAGACUUUUGAGAGUCACUUAACCCCCGAAUGGCGUGAACAAUAUAUACACUACGCGGAACUCAAAGCAAUGAUAUACGAGGCUUUGGAGAAUGCUCCUCGUCAGAAGACUCUAGCUCUGGAGUAUUAUCAAAAAUUCUCUCUCGAGUUUUUUGCCGUCUUGAAAGAGGAACUGAGACGGGUUAAUGAUUUCUUCGAGCACAAACUGGCCGAAGCUCGCCGUAAACAUGCCACAUUCAAGGUGAAACUAAUGUAUUUAGUAAGGGAAUCCGGUGGUAUGGUAAGUGAUAUACCCACCUUGCCUCCCUUGGAGGAUCAGCCAAAGACCGCUCGCCAUUUGGAGCGGGCCUACAGUGAAUUUUACUUUAGUCUUGUGUUACUGAACAACUAUCAACAUUUGAAUGUCAACGGAUUCCACAAGAUAUGCAAAAAGUAUGACAAAUACAUUCACUCAACAAGCGGUCGUUUAUGGCUUACGACUUACGUGGAGCCGGCGACAAUUAGUCGGGAGAGAGCGAUACAUACCAUGCUCUCCGAGGUCGAGAAUCUUUUCACGCAUUUUGUAACAAAUGGAAAUCGCACCAAGGCCAUGGCCAAGCUACGAGUUCCGCCUCUUGGUCAACCCACUUCUCCGAUCCAUAUAUUCUCCACAGGUGUAGUGCUUGGUCUGCUUAUAGUCUCCCUUUUCAUUUGCAUUGUGUCAUAUUUGUUCAUGCUUGACAGACCAGAGUUUCUCUUAUCGUUUAAACAAAUGUUCCGCUGCUCCUUUUUACUGAUGUUCUAUUGGUUCAGCGUAGUCAUCAAUGUGUAUGUCUGGCAAAGUGUGGGUAUUAAUCAUGUACUAAUAUUCGAGUUGAAUCCACGUAAUCAAAUCCAACCCAUCAAAAUGCUGGCGCUAACCAGUUUAUUUGCCUAUAUCUGUACCAUGUCCAUGAUAAUCUUUUUGCAUCACAAUGAAUUUGGCAUCGAGGAUCCUUUAUUCAUUCCCAUCAUCGGAUUGUGUUUGCCCUUGGUCUAUCUAUUGAAUCCCUUGCCAAUUUUUAAUCAUCCCGCCCGCAUGUGGAUUCUGCGUACUUUUGGUCGCAUUGUUGCCGCGCCUCUUUUCCCAGUCACUUUUAUGGACUUCUGGCUAUGUGAUCAAAUGAAUUCAAUGAUUCUUUGCCUGGUCGAAUAUUAUCUCGUCACGCGGUUCUAUUUUCGAUAUUACAAGGAUGGAGUAAGUUCCCCGGAACCAACUUCGAGCCUUGUGGUUACUGUAUUGCGUUGUCUGCCUCCGUGGUGGCGUUUGGCACAGUGUAUGAAGAGAUAUUGGGACGGCGAUCCGCCAACUGCGUAUAUUACAAAUGCUUUUACUUAUGCCUCGACGAUAGUCACUGUCAUUAUUCCCUUUAUUUAUGCGAAAAUCAGUAGUCCAGACGAUAAUGCAAUGAUGAAUCCUUUGAUCUGGGGUUAUAUUAUCAGUUGCAUUAUAUGUAGCAUCUCAUGCGCUUCGUGGGAUUUGCGUAUGGACUUUGGACUCUUUCGAAUCUGGAGUGGGGAACACAUCUUUCUACGCGAACAUCUUCUCUAUCCCAAGUGGUUCUAUUAUUUUGCCAUUGUGGCCGAUAUUGUCAUUCGUUUUAUUUGGGUGAUCGAACUGAACCUAAUGUACUUCAACUUAAUGACAAAAUUUAAUUGCCUGAGCAUAAUCAGCGUGUCUGAAAUUGUGCGUCGGUUCAUCUGGAAUUUUCUGCGUUUGGAGAAUGAGCAUCUUUAUAACUGUGGACACUUUCGGGCAACGCGUGAUAUUUAUAUAUCCACAUUGAACUCUCGAGAGGAUAUGGUAGUGGAGUAUUUACUAGACCAGUCCAGGGAUGGCCGUAGCGCCGAGUAUCGUCAACUAGACUCCAGCAUUUGAGACAAAGCCAAUUUUGUGGGACAACAAUUGAGAAUCAAUGUUGCAUUAAAACCUAACAUCGUCGAUGUCACCCUUUGAG